UUGACUGCAUUCUGGAAAGCAUGUAUUGCAAUAAUGGUCUAACAUGGUUGCUGGGAACUGUUAGACGUUAACUCACUUGCCGUCGCGGACAUGGAUUUCAUUCUUUCUUUGACGCACUUCUGCGAGGUGCAUGGUCCCACCUCGAUUAUCUGCUCGCAGGUUCUACCAUUCCCCUGCGCGCAAUGCUACCCCGACCUCUCCGACUUUUCUCCCGACGAUACCCCUGCCAACUCUCACGAUACGACCUCCUCUCAUGGCCUGCAGAGUCGCGCCAACGGCAAACCCAUCCUGAAUAAUAAACUUUCCGAAAAGCAUCUCGACCCAUCCGACAAGUCUCCCAAAAUCGAAGACCAUCCGUACUUUCUCAAAGGGCAGACCUCGCCGGCUGAGGCCCAGCAGAAGCUCAAUCGUCUGGGAGGCGCGGAUGGCGAUACCUGCGCCAGUUGUAGCCUGACCUUACCCGACGAUGUGAGCAAGCAGCUGCCUCCUGGUGCUCCAGGAACGGCCAGAAGCGACGGCAAGGGAAGAAACGGCAGCCCGGUCUUGCGAUCCCGCGAAGUGGUCUACUCCUGCGGCACUAAUCGAACCGACCACGAUGAUGGCGCACACGAACCGCACAGUCACGCGUCCUACCCCGACUCCCUCCACUCCUCCUCCGUCAACUCGGAUACCUCCUGUCACACGCACCUCCUCACCUACCUCUCAUUGCGCGGGCCACCAAACCCGGCUGAUUACGCCCUCCUGCGACGCUCCUCCAUUCGUACCCUUAGUUGCGAACUACUACCGCGAGGGCUCUCCUCCGGUCCGUUGUGCUUCGGCGACUCCAGCGCGGGCUAUACGAUCGCCUACAUCUUCCGUCUGCCCGACCCUAUGGCUCGCGGGAAAAGACGCAGCUAUGCGCUUGUGGCCUUGGCGGGCAAGGAUGCUGGCAGGGCCUUUCGCGCUUGCCCCGUGAUCUGGCGCGCCUUUGGUCGGAUUGCGACGGGGAUUGUCAACUCGGCGGAGAGAUACCAGGAAGACGAGAAGCGUCGCGAGGAGCAGAACAACACUGCUAAUAGACGCGGGAGCAAACAGUUCACGCCGGUGUCGUCUUUUCUCACGGGGCGCACCCUUGAUCCAGAUGGACAGGCUCGCCGACCUGGCCAGGUGCGGGCGAGAAACCUCUCGGAAAUUGUGGGCAACCAGUACAUCUUCGCAGAAAUCCAUGCGCACUUUGUCGCGCUCCUGCAACAGCUGGGCACGAUGUUUGGGACCACCCCCAUCUCCGACGAACGAUUUAUUUGCAGCACCUUGCGCGAAGGAGAAAGCCCCAGUUCUUCGCGCCAGUCGACCUUGGUGGCUGGCGGAAAGGAAAAAUCGAAGGACAAGCUUUCGAAACAAUACGAAGACGGCGACCUGGGCAUGUCUACCCUGGAUAUUUCCUCGGGUCCGAAGCCCAUCCCUAUCGCGCCUCGUCGCCAAGUGAUCGCCUAGAUUGCGCAUCAUACACCUACAACCGCCCGAUAGACUGCACCCUUGACUCGGUCUUUCACACCAUCUCAACUACAUAAACGCGGAGUAAUUCAAACAUUGUCCGCAUUGCAUAUUGCAUUCCUCCC